AUGGACAAUGUCAAUAUUGUGGAUAAUCUGCUGAUUAAACCUUUAGUUCAAGAUCACUUAGACGAUCAGGAUGAGGAAAGUCGGGACGAUUUCAUCCAUGAAUACUUGAAGGAGAUGCGACGUCGCCAUCAGAAACAAGAAACAACAACGUUAGAGUAUAUACAAGAGAAGUGCUUCCAGGAGAUUCUGGUAAAUGUUGGUCAGAGCAGACGACCAUCAAUAAAGGAACAGACAAACCUCCCCUACGUAGAGGCCACCAUUAUGGAAGUCUUAAGAUACGCUGAUAUUGUCCCUACUGGUGUCCCUCACGCAGUUGCACAAGAUGUACAGUUCAGAGGAUACACCUUCCCGAAAGGCGUCACAGUUAUAUUGAACCUUGAUUCAGUCCUCCAAGACACGGAUGUAUGGGGAGACCCACAAAACUUUCGACCGGACAAUUGCCUUGACCGCGCAGGCAAGAUUCAGAAGAGGGAUGAAUUCAUUCCGUUUUCUUUGGGACGAAGGGUUAGCCUGGGGGAGGCAACGGCCCGGAUGGAGCUCUUCCUCUUCCUCACCACCAUGAUUCAGAGGUUCAAGUUCGUCCCGGUGAACGGGAAAUAG